AUGAAGGCUCCCUACAACUGCCUCGAGCCUGCGGGUAAUGUGAUCUUUGCUGCCAGGGGUGGAAAGAUUCACUCUUUCAGCCUGGAAGACGGCGCUCACAUCUCAACAUGGAAGCAUCCCGACGUCGAAAAGGCUGCUGCUGCUGCUGCGUCAGCUGCUGCGACGAAAGUUGAGAUUGAAGUGAGCUCUGGUGUUCCCACGCCUGCAACCCCAGCCAACGAGGAGGAUGGACCGCCCGCCAAACGUCAGAGAGUCGAUAGCGGCGAGGAGGGGAAGGCGGAAGAGGCCCAGGAAGAAGUCAAGGAUACCGAUGCCAUGGUUGUCGACAGCGAACCUCAGAAGGCCGAAGAGCAGAAAAGAGAUAGGAGAAAGGGAACCAAGAACAUGAGGCGCAACAACCGGGAUGGCCAGCAAAACAACCGCGGCACAGCUUUUGCGAGAGUCCCGGACUACCCUGUCAUCACUAUCAUGACGACCACCAGCAACGGAAGUCACCUAUUGGCCAUCUCGGGUCAUGACAAGUCUCUUUGGGUCUUUGAGCACGACGGCAAGGGAAACUUGAAGGAGUUGAGCCAGAGACAAAUGCCUAAACGUCCCUGUUCGGUCCUCAUCUGCCCAGACAGCGAAACCAUCUUGAGCGCAGACAAAUUCGGAGACGUCUACUCCCUGCCGCUAAUCCCCUCGGAAGCAUCGCAAUCCUCCGACGCCGCGGCUCAGCCCGAGGCUGCCUCCGAAACGGCCCCCGCGGUUGCCAAACCAUUCACGCCGGAAGCCAACUCCUUCACAGUGCACUCCAAGAGCAAUCUCCGCGCUCUCCAGAGCCAGCUGCGCGAGCAGCAAAAGUCGAAGCGCGACGUCACAAAGGAACAGCCGGCGUUCGAGCACACGCUCCAGAUCGGCCACGUCUCCAUGCUCACUGCGCUGACGCUUGCGUCAAAGGGGUCCCGCCGGUACAUCAUCACGGCCGACCGCGACGAGCACAUCCGUGUCUCGCGCUUCAUGCCGCACGCCCACGUCAUCGAGGGCUUCUGCCUCGGUCACGCCAACUUCAUCAGUGCGCUUACGCUGCCGAGUCAGGAUGUCUUGGUCUCGGGAGGCGGAGACAGCGAGCUAUUCGCCUGGGACUGGGAGAACGGCAAGGUCCUUUCCAAAUUCGAUAUCCUGGGGCAAGUUCAGCAAAUCGACAAGGAGACUACAAAGGUCGCUGUCGCCCAGCUGCUUUCGGCCAAUGUCACGGAGAAUGGCUUACAGGUGCCUGUCGUCCUGGUAGUAUGCGAAAGCGUAUCUGCCAUCCUCGUCCUUCGUUUGGCGGAAGACAACACCCUUUCACACGUACAGACCAUCUCGCUCCCUGGAAACCCGCUUCACGUAGCACCUAUUGCUACCGAGAACUCAAUGACGAGCAUAUUGGUGACCAUUGACCCGUCAGAGAACGACGCCGCACUCAACGGUAUCGUCUCUUUUAGAUGGACCGGCGCCGCCUUCUCGUCCCAGGAUCUUGGAAUCCAGGACGCUAGCGUGAGUGAGGCUGAGUUCGAUAUGUCUCACGAGCAGGUGAGGAAAUUGCUUUACAAUACCGAGGACUUGCGCAAGCGAGGCGAUGAUGAGCAUGGCGAGGAGGGAGAAGGCGAGGAACAAGCGCAGGCUGAAGGCGAGCCUGUGUCAAAAGAAUAG